CUAUUUGGAUUCGAACGCCAUUGAGUACAUUUCAGAGGAGAUGUUUGCAAAGCUUGCUACUUUGAAUCUGUUAGAUCUCAAUGACAAUCGUAUUACCCACAUUCAUCCGAGAGCAUUUUGGGGUUUGAAUGACAUCAGAGAUGUUCGGCUUAUUGGCAAUCCGUUGAAGGAACUCUCUGGUGAAGUAUUUCUGCGUAGCACUUGUCUAGAAGCGCUUUCCCUCAGUCACACACCGCUAUACAUCAGCCAACAGCUAAUUGGAUCUCUUAAUAUUUCUUAUCUUAAUUUGACGGGAAUCCCAUUCGAGCGCAUAGAUUUUGAUGCUAUCAAUCAGAUGUCAAAUCUCAAGUACAUUGUGUUUGAGCGUUUCUAUUUUUGCUCGAUGACACCGCAAGUUCGUAUGUGUAAGCCGAAUAGUGAUGGUGUUUCAUCAUUUCGCGAUCUGCUGAGUAAACCGGUGCUACGCUACUCGGCUUGGAUAAUGGCUUUUGUAACGGUGGUAGGAAAUAUAAUGGUACUUUGGGGACGUUUCAUCUAUCGCGAUGAGAAUAUUGCCGUAACAAUGGUUAUACGUAACUUGGCACUGGCUGAUAUAUUAAUGGGUUUCUACUUGAUAACAAUUGGCGUGCAGGAUUAUCGUUAUCGGAGCGAAUAUUACAAAGUCGCACUCGAUUGGAUCACCUCCUGGCAGUGUGCCGCUAUCGGCUCGCUGGCCGUCACAUCAUCCGAGGUGUCCAUGCUGAUACUCGCCUUCAUGUCAUUCGAACGUUUUCUACUUAUCGCCGAUCCGUUUCGCAGUCAACACCGUAUCGGUAUUAAGAAUAUUUUUAUAGCCCUACUGGCUAUUUGGUUGAUGGGCGUGGGCAUUGCUGUAGCGCCAGUUGCACUUUGGCACUCAAGCACCAAAUUCUAUGGCACCUACUCGGGCACAUGCUUCCCGCUACAUAUACAGGAACCAUAUCCACUGGGUUGGCAAUAUUCGGCGUUCAUCUUCUUGGGCGUGAAUUUGUUUUUACUACUAAUGAUUGCGCUACUCUAUACAGCGUUGCUCAUAUCCAUUUGGCGUACACGUAAAGCGACACCGCUCUCCCUAUUGGAUUGUGAAUUUGCGGUGCGUUUCUUUUUCAUUGUGCUCACCGAUGUGUUGUGUUGGGCGCCUAUUAUUGCCAUGAAGAUUUGGGUCUUCUUCAACUAUAACAUUUCGGACGAUAUCUACGCUUGGUUGGUAGUCUUCAUAUUGCCGCUGAAUUCCGCUGUCAAUCCACUGCUGUACACAUUCACCACACCAAAAUAUCGCAAUCAAAUACUCUUGCGCGGUUGGAAGAAAAUAACAUCGCGCCGUCGUGCUGAUCCAUCCAACGGUUUGGCGACGACAAUUGCAACCGCUACGGCAUCAUCAAAUCCGGGUGAGUUACAAACAUUAGCAAAUGUGUAUAAGAGACAGGAUCCAUCCAACGGUUUGGCGACGACAAUUGCAACCGCUACGGCAUCAUCAAAUCCGGGUGAGUUACAAACAUUAGCAAAUGAAUCGUCGAGCAAAGCCAUACCGCUGACAAUGAAUCACUGA